AUGCUCAAACACUCACUGAUUCAGCUCACCCUCUGCUUGCUUCUUGGAGCAGGCAGGCCCUUGGAGUAUUCUUGGAGUAUUGCCAGGCCCUUCAGCCAUUCAAGAGCUUCUCAAGGCUACCUGCCAGAGGUCCUGGGGGUGGAGCCUGGGGAGGGGAGAAAGCGUAAGGCCGCACAGAGUCCACCCUCCAAAGCAGCCCCUUCCUCCACGGGGACUGAUCUCCAGAGACUGCAGGACACCUGCAAUUCCCGAAGAUCUCCAGGGUCCACGUGGAGGUGGCCGAAGCCAGGAGAGUCACACAGGCUGGAGAACAGAAGGCAAGGCGGGAAGCUCCACGCUGUCCACCGAGAAUCCUGGCAGCCCACGGGGAGGAGAAGGGCCCCUGCUCAGCCUUCAGCUCCUCCGGUUGGUUCCUGCCUGGCUCCCCCGACCUCGCAACGCCCCCGCCCCGCCCAGGCUUCCGGAGGGAGGCGCCCAGAGGAGCGCCUUUUCCGAGGGAGCACAGCGCGGCCGCCCCACAGACGGGCUUUCUCUGGCUUCUGCAGCCCGGAGCUCCUCGCCAUGGCCGCGCCACUGCUGUUCCUGGGGGCCCUGCUGGGGGUGGCGCCCUCCGCCGCCUCCUCCUCCUCCAUUGCUCCGCCCGCCGCCUCCCAAGCCAGCGCCGCCCCGACGGUGGAGGUGACUUUGGGGGUGCUGCUGCCUGAGAGCAACCUGAGCUACCCCUGGGCCUGGCCGCGCGUCCAACCCGCCCUGAGCCUGGCCCUGGAGGCGCUGGAGCCCCAACUGCGCCCCCUAGGCCUCGCCGUGCGCACCGCCUUCGCCUCCACUGAAGACUGGGAGGGCAUCUGCGACGGCAAAGAGGCCGAGUUCAUGGCGGGGGUUCUGAAGCGCUCCCACGACCCCGACGUGCUGCUGGGGCUGGGCUGCCUCUUCACAAGCAUCAAAGCGGCGCGCUUAGCCCAGCGCUGGCAGCUGCCGCUCCUUCGAGCCGGGGUCUACCACCAUGAACCGGAUUACGCCACGACCGUGUACGCCGGCCCGGCGGGGCCCGGCCUCGGAGCCUUCGUGGCCCAGCUGCGCCGUCACUUCAACUGGACCGCCCCCGUCGCCCCCUUUGUCUACUGCGGCCGCCACGCAUAUUACUGGGAAUCCUGCGUCUACCUGGCGAACCCUGCAGUAAACCCCCUCAAUUUCACCAGCCACUUACACGACUAUGAGCAGCCGGAGGAGGCUGUCCGGUUCAUCGAGGCCAAGGGGCGAGUGGUCUACAUCUGUGGGCCCCUGGAGAUGUUGCAGCAGAUCAUGCGCCUGGCGCAGGCUCAGAACAUGACCACCGGUGACUACGUCUUCUUCUAUCUGGAUGUUCGGGGAGAAAGCCUGAGAGCUGAGGGGCAUCGUGAGGCAGCCAAGCCCUGGCAGAGCAAGGAGAGCCAAGAUACAGGAGUCCUCCGAGAGGCCUUCCAGACGGUGCUUGUGGUCACUCCCCAUGAGCCCCAAACCCCCGAAUACCGGCGUUUCCAGAGCCAGCUGAUCUUGCGUGCCAAGAGAGACUUCGGUGUGGCAGUGAAUGACUCAAUGGGGACCCUGGUGGCCGGUUGCUUCCACGAUGUGCUGCUGCUGUAUCUCAGGGCCCUGAGUGAAACACUCCUGGAAGGUGGAACCAAGAGGGAUAUCAGCCGCAUCCUGGAGAAGAUGAGGGGACUGAAAAUCGAGGGUGUCACUGGGACGGUGAGCCUCAACAGCAAAAAUGACCGAGAGAUGGAUUAUGACCUGUGGGCCAUGAGGGAUGUGGAGAGUGGAGAAUUCCAGGUAGUGGGUCAUUACAUGGAAUCAGAGAAGCGGAUCAACUGGACGAGGCCCAUCCAUUGGAAGAAGGGGGGCCCUCCUCACGACAACCCGUCCUGUGUCUUCAACACGGAGGACCCCUCCUGUCGUAAGGGGAGUGGAUUGAUUGCCAAGCAGUUCAGCCAUUCAGGAGCAUCUCAAGACCACCUGCCAGCUUUGUCAAAGGAGCUUUUGGGGAAGCGCCCGCAGGCUGCAGUGGGCGCCACAGGUGGUGGGGCAGGUGCUCCGAGAUAA